AACCAUAAACAUUCUCACAAAAACACAAUAAAUUGCAUUAUGUGUUGUGAAUGAGGAUGAGCGGGAAGAGGAUGAGUAGUGGUGCCACGCACACGCUCCUGCUUAUGAUGAUUUUUCAGUUUCAGUUGGGUCACGGCAUCUGGGUUCCACCUGUAACAACUUGGACUGUGGGGGGUGACAAAGGGUGGACAAGUGCUGGUGCUGUAACAAGCUGGAACGAUGGCAAGAAAUUUUAUGUUGGUGACACCCUUGUUUUCAAGGACCCGAAAUCGGAUGGUGUAUACAUGGUGAGCGCGGGUCAUGAUUACGAGAACUGCGUAACUCAAAAUGGUAAUCAAAUCAACGGUCAAAUAAAGCUUUCGGAAGUACGGAAGUAUUACUUUAUAAGCGGCUAUAAAAGUGAUUGUUCAAGUGGCAUGAAGAUUACCGUCGACGCCCAUCGAAGUCAUUAGCCAGUUAAUUGCGUGGGUGGGUGUGUGCUUUGGAGGUCACUUACAAUGAUACAUGUANAUUUUUUUAUUAAAUAAUAGAUAAUUAAAAAAUGUAUAAAUAUUAGAAAUUUAAUUAAUUAAUUUAAUAUAUAU